AUGAAGAAAUCAAAUUCCUCUUCUCCCGACCAUGUCAUGAGCUUCACUCUCCAGAAGGCGCCAUACUCCUAUUUUCAUCUUUCUCUGAGGUCCUUGAUUGCAACAUCACAAUCAUCACCUGAUCUUGAUGAGGUCUUAGCUCGAACAUACCUCACGCUGGCCCUACAGCAAUACCUAGGGCUCACUGGGACUGCCAUCUCCAUUGACAUUCUGAAAGUCGAAGAUCGAGAUGUCUGGAUUAGAGUGCCCAGUGAGGAUGAGGUCGCGGUCACUGCAAGUCUAAGUCAAUGGACAGGAUCGAAAGACCUUACUUGGCGAAUUCAACAGAGAGGCUCCUGGCUUGGUGCUUUGGUCGGAAAUUUGAAUGCACAGAAAUUAUGGACGCUAGAAAGCUGA